AGAAAAGUCAACAAAACAGAAGAGGGAGAGCAAACAACACAAAAAACAUACACUUCAAAUUCUCCAUCUCCGUCUAACCUAAAAACUACAUCCUGAUGUUAUUUCCCUUGCACACUCACCUUCGUCAAACAAUUCCAGUGAUUCCUUUUUACAUUUUAUUUUCUUACCUGCUUUUUUCCACAUUAUUCGAUGUUUCUCCAUCUUUUCUUUCAACAUUCAACAAUUUAUUGUUUGCCUUGAAUUGAGUUCGAUUCGAGUUGUUGAAAAGCGUCUCCGUUCCGUGCUCUGUUCUCUCCAUCGUCCAUCGUCAUCUCGUCUACCUUGCCUGCUGUGCCCUGUGCUGCUGUGCUGUUGCUGCUGCUACUGUUGUGUUGCACUCAAAACUCAACUCAAAAAAGAUCACACAAAAAUCUAACUUAAUAUUUCAAAAUCAUUUUUAAAUAAAAAUUUGAUAAGAAAAAUGUUUAAAUUUUCGUUUCUUUUGAUUUCUUUGUUGCUCGCUAUCCAUUCAUCGGAAUGUGGUGUCUCUGGACGUGACGGUCGAUCCGGUUUAGUGGGACGUCGUUAUAACAACCGAUACAAUGUUCCAGCUCCACCGCCACAGCCCACAUUACCACCAACCCCCAAGGAGUACCUUGAUGCCAAAUCGAGCUUCUCGACCUUUGGCAUCAUUUCGAUUAUUUUCGCCAUCAUAAUGUGUGCCCUUGUCUUCUACUACAGCAUCAUGUGUUAUCCAUUCUUGUGCGCGUCCGAGAAGAAGUACCAUUUUAUGGAUGUUUCCUCAACCAUGACCACAACUACGUCCAGGUCAAUACAAUCCAUUGAGAAUUUUCCCGUAGACCAAAAACAUCCAAUUUAGAGA